AUGGAAGGUGAAGACGUUUGGGAAACACUUGUUGCUGACAACGACUAUGAAAUUAACACAGAAUAUCCACACAAUAUUAGGAAAAAAUCUACAGGAAAAAUUGUGAGUGAAUGGAUGAGCGAUGGAUAUUAUAGGUUAUGUUUAAACGGUCAAAAAUACUUCAAGCACAAACUUAUAGCAGAACAAUUCAUACUUAACCCAGACAACUUACCUCAAGUAGACCAUAUAAAUCAUAUACGAACAGACAAUAGAAUAGAAAAUUUAAGAUAUGUAACAUCACAACAAAACAAUAAAAACAGAUGUAAAGCAAAUGGUAUAAAUUAUAACUAUGUAGAUGAAAUUGGUGAAAACUCCAUUGAAGUUAAAACAUAUGGAAAACAUGAGUUCGAUGAUUUAUACUAUGACCCAGAACAAGACCUCUUCUAUUUCUUUAAUGGAAUUCGCUAUAGAGAGCUUCAUGUAAUGGAAAACAAUAAAUGUGGAACUCUGUAUGUAAAUGCAUGGACUGUAAAAGGAAAACUUACAAAAAUUUCAUACAGUGCAUUCAAACGUCAAUAUAAUCUUAUAUGA